UAAAUGUGAAUAUUUCACACUCCGGCACAGAAAACAGAUAAAGAAGUGAAAUAGUGUGAAAUGAAUCAGUACUAGAGGACAAAUAUCUUCAAUAAGAGUCAACGAAAGCUGAAGAACUUAACACACUCCUGUGGACAUGAUGCGGGUGAUGUUUCUGAGGAGCCGCUUGUGUGUCGUCGGUCUGCUCAUCUUCGUCCUUUCAAGCCCAAACCUCACAAGUGGAGAUCAUGACAUCAGACCCAACUUUGUGCUCAUAAUGGUGGACGAUUUAGGCAUCGGUGAUAUCGGUUGCUAUGGCAACGACACCAUCAGAACACCAAACAUUGACCGACUGGCCGCAGACGGAGUGAAGCUGACGCAGCACAUAUCAGCCGCACCUCUCUGCACCCCCAGCAGAACUGCCUUCAUGACGGGACGAUACGCCCUGCGCUCCGGUUUGGGAAGCACUGGAAGGGUUCAGGUGAUUCUGUUUCUUGGAGGAUCAGGGGGGCUUCCACCCAAUGAGACCACCUUCGCUAAACUCCUUCAGAAACAGGGCUACACCACUGGAAUCGUGGGUAAAUGGCAUUUAGGUGUGAACUGUGAGAGCAGACACGACCACUGUCAUCAUCCCAACAAUCACGGCUUCACCUUCUUCUACGGCCUUCCCUUCACAAACUUCAAUGACUGUAAGGCCGGUGAGGACACAGACAUACUGUCUGACGUUCAGACUCAACUGCGUCAGAUGUGUGUGCUGCUGACGCUGGCGUGUGUCACGCUGUGUGCGCUGAGAUGUGUGGGUCUGAUGGAGGUCAGCGUCCGUCUCCUGCUGUCUCUGACCGUUCUCUCUCUGCUGGUCUUUCUGCUGUGGUACGUGCCCUUUCAACACCUGCGCAUCUGGAACUGCAUCGUCAUGAGAGACGGCGAGGUGGUCGAGCAGCCCCUGAACCUCCGGACAUUAAACCAACGUCUGAUGAGUGAAGCCGAGCGCUUCGUGGAGAGAGAAAGACACGGGCCGUUUCUUCUCUUCCUGUCGCUGGCACAUGUGCACACACCUCUCUUUGUGAGUGAGGUCUUCGCUGGAAAGAGCAAACACGGCCUGUACGGUGAUAAUGUAGAAGAAGUGGACGAGAUGGUUGGUCGGAUGAUGGAGACCGUUGAAAGGUUGGAUCUGACUAAUAACACCAUGAUGUACUUCACAUCAGAUCACGGCGGUCACAUCGAGGACUCAGAUGAACAGGGUCAGAAAGGAGGAUGGAACGGAGUGUAUCGAGGUGGUAAAGCGAUGGGAGGCUGGGAGGGAGGCAUCCGAGUUCCUGGAAUAUUCCGCUGGCCGGGACGUCUUUCAGCUGGGAAAGAGAUCUCAGAGCCCACCAGUCUGAUGGAUGUUUAUCCCACCCUAGUGAAGCUGGCUGGAGGAGAUCUGCCUCAUGACAGAAUCCUGGAUGGUCACGAUCUGAUGCCUCUGCUGGAGGGUCGAACGGAUCGCUCCGUGCACGAGUUCAUGUUUCAUUACUGCGGCGUGUAUCUGAACGCUGUACGCUGGCACCCCAACAACAGUGAUUCUGUCUUCAAAGUUCAUUUCUCCACACCAAAGUUCUCUCCUCCGGGAGCGAUUGGAUGUUACGACACAAAGAUCUGCUUCUGUCACGGGGAGCACCUGACGCACCACGAUCCUCCUCUGGUGUUUGAUCUGAGCAGAGAUCCGUCAGAGAGCCGUCGUCUCACACACGAGACAGAAGCGCGCUUCUCUGAGGUUCUGAUGAGAGUGGAGCGAGCCGUGAAGGAGCACCGCAGCACUCUGACGCCGGUGGAGAAUCAGCUGACGUGGAAACACGUUCUGUGGAAGCCGUGGCUGCAGCCGUGCUGUGGAACCUUCCCGUUCUGCUCGUGUUCAGAGGAUCACACCGCAGCGUAAUGUGCUCACGUGUGAAGUUUAGAUGAAGUUUUGUGAUUCAGAUCAUUCCAGCAUUACUCCUUCAGCUUCCUGCGCAAUCUUUCUUUAUCAAAAAGAGACCCGUCUAUUAGACCCGUCUGAUCUCACAUCACUGGUCGGGUUGAUGUUUGUAUGUCAGCGAACUGGAUGAUCAGACAGAUUCCAUUUGUUGAAGUUAAACGCUUUAGCUCUAAAUACACAGAAAUAAAAGGACAUUUAAAACGUG